GGGGAGACCUGGGCUCUGCUCUGCUGUAGGGGCCCGAGCCCAGCCUCCCCCGCCUCGGCCCCGCCGCGCAGCCCCGCUUCCCGCCGGGCCACGCCCUGUCAAACUUUGUGGCUGCGGCCGCCGCGGCGGCUAACGAAGCGGGCCGGCGAGCGGGAGGGAGGGAGGGGCGGGUGCCCGGCCGGGCCGGGCGCGGGCGGCCAGGGGCUCCGAGAGCGGCGGCCCCGGCCCGCGGCCCCACCAUGCCCCAGCUCGGCGGCGGCGGCGGCGGCGGGGGAGGCGGCGGCGGCGGCGGCGGCUCGGGCGCCGGGGCGGCCGGCGGAGGGGACGACCUCGGGGCCAACGACGAGCUGAUCCCCUUCCAGGACGAGGGGGGCGAGGAGCAGGAGCCGAGCAGCGACAGUGCCUCGGCUCAGCGGGAUCUGGAUGAGGUCAAGUCGUCUCUGGUCAACGAGUCGGAGAACCAGAGCAGCAGCUCAGACUCGGAGGCGGAGAGGCGCCCGCAGCCCGCCCGGGACGCUUUCCAGAAGCCGCGGGACUAUUUCGCCGAAGUACGAAGGCCCCAGGACGGCGCAUUCUUUAAGGGCCCCCCCUAUCCUGGGUACCCGUUCCUGAUGAUCCCGGACUUGAGCAGCCCGUACCUCCCCAACGGACCCCUGUCUCCCGGAGGAGCGCGCACGUACCUGCAGAUGAAAUGGCCCCUCCUCGAUGUCCCCACCAGCGCCACGGUCAAGGACACCAGGUCACCAUCCCCAGCACACUUGUCCAAUAAAGUUCCUGUUGUUCAGCACCCACAUCACAUGCACCCGUUGACGCCCCUCAUCACCUACAGCAACGACCACUUCUCCCCUGGCUCCCCUCCCACACACCUCUCCCCGGAGAUCGAUCCAAAGACAGGAAUCCCCCGGCCCCCUCACCCGUCUGAGCUGCCUCCGUAUUACCCACUCUCUCCCGGAGCUGUCGGGCAAAUCCCCCAUCCCCUCGGCUGGCUCGUCCCACAGCAAGGACAGCCCAUGUACUCCCUUCCUCCCGGCGGCUUCCGGCACCCCUACCCUGCCCUCGCCAUGAACGCCUCCAUGUCCAGCCUGGUUUCCAGUCGGUUCUCCCCUCACAUGGUGGCUCCGGCCCAUCCUGGUCUGCCCACCUCAGGGAUCCCCCACCCCGCCAUCGUCUCCCCCAUCGUCAAGCAGGAACCAGCGCCCCCCAGCCUGAGCCCGGCAGUGAGCGCGAAAUCACCAGUCACGGUGAAAAAAGAGGAAGAAAAGAAACCCCACGUGAAGAAGCCUCUUAAUGCCUUCAUGUUAUAUAUGAAGGAGAUGAGGGCCAAGGUGGUGGCCGAGUGCACCCUAAAGGAAAGUGCAGCCAUCAACCAGAUCCUGGGGAGAAAGUGGCACAACCUCUCGCGAGAAGAGCAGGCCAAGUACUACGAGCUGGCCCGGAAGGAGCGGCAGCUGCACUCGCAGCUCUACCCGACCUGGUCCGCGCGGGACAACUACGGUAAGAAAAAGAAGAGGAAGCGGGAAAAGCAGCUAUCGCAGACACAGUCCCAGCAGCAAGUCCCAGAGGCAGAGGGUGCUCUGGCCUCCAAAAGCAAGAAGCCAUGUGUCCAGUACCUGCCCCCCGAGAAGCCCUGUGACAGCCCUGCCUCCUCCCACGGCAGCAUGCUGGACUCCCCGGCCACCCCUUCGGCGGCCUUGGCCUCUCCUGCAGCCCCGGCCGCCACCCACUCCGAGCAAGCCCAGCCCCUCUCCCUCACCACCAAGCCAGAGACCCGGGCCCAGCUGGCUCUCCACUCAGCCGCCUUCCUGUCAGCAAAGGCUGCCGCCACCUCCUCUGGCCAGAUGGGCAGCCAGGCCCCCCUCCUGUCCCGGCCCCUCCCCCUGGGGUCCGUGCCCACAGCUCUGCUGACGUCCCCCCCUUCCUUCCCAACCACUCUCCGUGCUCACCAGGCCCUCCCUGUGCUCCAAGCCCAGCCUCUUUCCUUGGUCACCAAGUCUGCCCACUAAGCUGCCCCCUGACCUACGCAGGCUGACACGUGACUCAUCGAGUAGUAAUGAUGCAGAAGAAAAAAAAAAAGAAAAGGAAACUUUAUUGGUCAAUAUUUGACCACUCUGGACUGUUCUGUAAAGUGACUGGUAACAGCAGCACUUUACGUUUUGUAGAUGUAACCAGUAGCUGAUCUUAAGGCUUUUUUUUAAAAAACAAAACAAAACGAAACAAAAAAAAAUCUUGAAAAGAACGAGAACUGAAAAGUAGUGUGUUACUCUUCCCAUCUGUGCAGCGGUGGAUGGGCCUGGGCAGAAGGCACCUUCCUCUCCACCUCCUGGACUUUCUGCUCCUCCCUCCCUCUUCCCAGCGUCCCCCACGAGGCCUGCAUGGUGGCCACUUGCUACCAUUUCUAGCCCACGGCCCCUUCCUCUCCAUCCCAUUCCUGGACACCCCCUUUUGCCUGGCCCACGCUUUUCUCCUUUGCUCAGCUCCGUGGGUUCUUGCCUUCAUCGUCGUCCUCUGCCCAGUGUAAGGCUGUCUGUCACCAGGUGAGAAGACACCUUGGCCUGGUUGGUCUCUGCCAGCGUCCCCUUUUCCUCAGUGGCCUUAACCUGCCAGCCUCCAGCUUCCGGUGGGGGACAAGAUCCUCUGAAAUGGUUCUUCCCCCGCAUUUAAAGGGACUCAAGGUGCCUGCCACUCCCUCAGCGAAGAAGCCUGUGUUCCAUCCCCUUACCAGUCAAGUUGUCCCCUCGAGGCCCCGGAGUGGCAGAGACAGGACUUGGCUCCGAGGUCUGGCUCUGUCACUUGGGUCAGUGUUAGCACAAUCUGCCAAAGUUCUGAAGACCCUACCCCCCCACCCCGCCACCUCCAUCGCCUCACAUGCUUCUUCUGUGUGUAUUUCUUUUCAUUUUUACGGGGUUUUUGGGGAGCAGUUUAAACUCCCAGUUGUUUAUUUUCACAUAAGAAAAUAAAAUUGCAGUGGCAAGA